AUGAAAUUUAUAUUUGGUGCUUGCUUAUCCUUAAUAUUAACUAGUCUUAUUGGAUUAGGUUAUCUGAUUUAUAAGGAUACUCCUUAGAGUUAGUUUAAUAAAAUUAAGUCUGAAUUCGAAAAUUUCAAGAAUAGAUAUAACUUGGAGUUCAAUGAUAUCUAGGAAGAGUAGUACAGACUGUUUGUCUUUCAUGAAAAUUUCAAAUAAAUAGAACUAGAUAAUAUGAAUUCUGAUAAUGGUUUCAUUUCUGGUAUCAAUAAAUUUUCACAUUUAACAAAAGAAGAAUUCAAAGCUAAAUAUUUGAAUCGUCCUUAAAGACCUGCUUCAGAAAUGAAAACCAAUUCAAUUUUAUCUUCUUAAUAAAAAACUGACGAAAAACUUCCAGAAAGUGUAGACUGGAGAAAGUUAGGUGCCGUUUCACCAGUUAGAGAUCAAGGCAAUUGUGGUUCUUGUUAUGCGUUUGCUUCUACAGGCGCUCUUGAAGGGUUGUACUAAAUAAAAACAGGAAAGUUAGAAGUUUUUUCGCCUUAAUAUAUUGUUGAUUGUGCUAAACAUUAGUUUUCAAGGGGAGGUUGUCAUGGAGGAUAUUCUUCUGGUGUAUUCACUUUCGUUAAAGAAAAUGGGAUGAAUUUAGAAUCAAGAUACCCUUAUAAAGGUGAAGAAAAUGACAAAUGUUUAAAUUAAGAAACUAUCAAGUUUGUUAAUGACUUUAAAUUAAUUAAUUAGGGAGAUUGCUAAGAGAUAGAGAGAGUGCUUUUUAAACAGCCUGUAUCAAUUUCUCUUGAUGCUGAGAAAGUGCAACAUUAUUAAUCAGGUAUUCUUAAGUAGUGUUCAGAUACAAUUAAUAUAAAUCACGAAGUACUUGCCGUGGGUUACACAUCUGACUAUUUUAUCCUAAAAAACUCUUGGGGUUCUGAUUGGGGUAUUGAUGGAUACUUCUAUGUUUCUAAAAAUAAUAACUGUGGUACUUGUGAUGGGGCUUCAUACCCAACUUUAUGA